AUGGGUAAAGGACCAUUGGAGCGGGAGCUCCAGUUUGAAAAGAAGAACCAAGACCUCGUGAAGCUGCCAAAGUACGCGAAAGUUGAGAAACGCCCUCUCAACCAUCCCCCAAUUGCCUCGCCUUAUGCAGGUAACUCUGUGCCAAAGGUUGUCUAUGUCGCAACUGGGACACCCUUCAUGAGCGCCGUGAAGCGCGUCCAGAAACUCCUACGCCAGGCCGAGAAACGCGCAACAGCCAAUAUCAAUCUCGAAGACACACGCAAAACAGAGCAGCAAAAGCUUGCAGAGCUGGCCAAGGCUGCGGAUAAGCGAGAGGAGGUUUUCGUCAAGGCUACCGGGCGAGCUAUUGAGAAGGCGCUCAAGGUGGGCAAAUGGUUUGAGGAGAAAGACUCUGAAUAUGGAGUCCGCGUCACUACCGGCAGUGUGCUUGCGGUGGAUGAUAUUGUCGAGGAUGAGGAGAAGAAGGAGCGCGAUAUGCAGAAGAAGUGCCAAUCCAAGGAUGAGUCGGCCCCCGAGAAGCAGGACCAGGAAACAUCUAAAACUGCCGGAAAGAAGAAAAAGCGCAAGGCACCUGCUGCAUCCGAUGAUGCUGAACUUCCUGAACUUCCUGAGUCGCGCACCCGAUGGGUCAAAAUGGUUGAGGUUGCCGUGAGUCUCAAGUGA